AUGGUUAAGAUCUGGUGUAUCAAGCAAAAUAUAAAGAGUACACUCAAAGCUACUAUUGAUGCAUUUCAUAAUGCAUGUCCAUUAAAGGUCUCUUGUGAGGUUAUAUCCAAAGCACUUUGCAAUAUUUUACAUAAUGACAAAGUCUUUUGUGAACAGUCCAAAAUACACACUAAAAUAUUUGAUUGGCUCGAGGAAAAAAAUCCCUCCCAAUCAUCAAGGCCAUAUUCAGUAUUCAAGAAACGGGUUUUUUCUUCUGCUUUUUUUGGAUCAAAAGUGAUCAAUCAUUACAACACUAAACAAAACAACCAAGAAUCAUCUCCUCCCACUACACUUAAUGAGUUCCUUAUUGAGAAUGAACAUAUGAUUCCUUCCACUGUUGCCAAGAUCUUUGCCUCCAAACAUCACAUAAAUCCAGAUUUUGAUAAUGCAGAUGCUUAA